AUGCUUGCGAGAGUUGCAUGUCUCGCUCUGCUGGUCCCAGCGGCUCUGGUACUCGCGCACGAACACCACGACCAGAUUCCGCUUGACGAAUUUGCUAGUUCAGCGACGGGUUAUGACUCUGCAGACUCGAAUGCCUGGCUGAAGAAGUACGGAAAGCAGAUCGACCAGGCCUUCUCUGGGCCCCUGUCAUUCUCCCAUCUUCCGUACAGUCGAUGCCUUGAAGAUCCAUCUGCAGAAUUUGACAUCGCCGUACUGGGGAUGCCAUUCGAUACGGCGGUGACCUACCGGCCUGGGGCUCGCUUUGGUCCGUAUGCUAUUCGCUCCGGAAGUAGGAGACAGAGGGAGACCCGCGGUUACACACUGGCAUGGAAGGUGAACCCCUACGAACUAGGGUCGAGGAUCAUCGACUGCGGUGAUGUACCCGUGAGCCCAUUUGACAACGCUUUGGCGGUCGAUCAGAUGGAAGUAGCGUAUUCGAGCCUGCUGGCCAGGGGCGCUGCGAACAACGACGCAGCAGUGCAUCCCGAUGCCGUACGUGCCUUUGCGAAGGACGGCAAGGAGCACCCUCGUAUCAUCACGCUUGGUGGUGACCACACCAUCGUGCUCCCCAUUCUCCGGUCGCUCAACAAGGUAUACGGCCCUGUAUCCGUCAUCCACUUCGAUGCGCAUCUGGACACCUGGCCUGCAUACCCGGGCACGACCACGGACCAAUCGCGCGUCACACACGGCACCUUCUUCUACCUUGCCCAAGAGGAGGGCCUCAUGACCAACACCAGCAUUCACGCAGGCAUUCGAUGCAAGCUCCAGGGAUAUGGUGACAUCGAGAACGACGAAACGGUCGGCUUCCAGCUCAUAUCUUCGGAUGACAUCGAUGACCAUGGCGUGAACGCAAUCAUCAAGCGCAUUCGUGACCGUAUUGGCGACUCUCCCGUAUAUCUUAGUUUCGAUAUUGAUGUAAUCGACCCAGGGUUAGCACCAGCCACUGGUACUCCCGAAGCAGGAGGCUGGACGACGCGUGAGGUCAAACGCAUCAUCCGCGGCCUUGCGGGUCUGAACUUUGUCGGUGCUGACAUCGUCGAGGUCGCACCAGCAUAUGACAACGCCGAGAUUACCGGUAUCGCUGCGGCCGACAUCGUGCACGACUUCCUAUCGAUGUUCCUCACUCAUGAACCACCGAAGGCACCUACCUCCCACUCCUGGGGUCCUCGGGAUGAGCUCUGA